AGCCCUGUUGCUGUUAUCUUUCCUAUUCUAAAGUCUAGCAAGAUUUUCUACUUUCUUCUGUUCCCUUUUCUCCAUUAAACUCAAUAAUGGCAAGUUUAUCCUCUAUCCCUUUGCUCACAACUGGUGUCACCAAAGAACAAAUUAUACUCUCUGAGCUACCAAAAGAAAGAGGUUGGCUGAGUGAACAUAUUCACCAGUACAAAGGCUUUUGGUAUGCUACACAAGUUGUUCAAGGUCUGCUAGCACUUCAACAGCAACAUUUCAAGCCAAAACCAAACACUGUCUUACUAGCAAGUUUCCCAAAAUCUGGCACUACAUGGCUUAAGGCACUUCUUUUUUCUAUUAAAAACAGAGGUGAAAUAGAUUUCAACACACACCCUUUGCUCUCUUCAAAUCCACAUGAGUUAGUACCACACUUAGAGGCUUAUGCAUUUAACCACCCAACAAAUCCAACACCAAACACUUGUCUAAUGCAUUCACAUCUUGCUUACAAUUGUUUAUCAGAGUUGGCUGACUGCAAGAUAGUAUACGUCUUUCGCGAUCCGAAAGAUGUGUUGACUUCUUGCUGGCAUUUUAUACAGAAAUUAAGAUCUAAAGAACUUCCUUUCAUUUCUCUACCUGAAGCAUUUGACCAAUUCUCCAAAGGGUAUUCCCCUUUUGGUCCAUUCUGGGAUCAUGUAAUGGGAUAUUAUAAAGCAAGUUUAGAAUUUCCAAAGAAAGUUUGUUUCUUGGAGUAUGAAGAAUUGAAGAAAGAUCCAAUCUUUAAUGCAAAGAAAUUAGCAGAGUUCUUGGAGCAGCCUUUUUCACUGGAGGAAGAAAAUGAAGGCAUUGUGGAGAGGAUAACAGAGCUAUGCAGCUUUGAGAAACUGAGUAAUUUGGAGGUGAAUAAAGAAGGUUCACACACUGGAUUUUUCACUCCUACUAUUACUAACAACAUAUUUUUCAGGCAAGGUAAAGUUGGUGAUUCCAAGAACCAUCUUUCAGAGGAAAUGAUUGAGGUUCUUGAUGAAAUCACAAAGAAAAAAAUUGGGGUUUGAUUUGAUGAACACAACAAAAUGGUAAAGGGAUUGAGUCAGACCAGAAUCAGAAUUGAGCGACUGUCUUUUGGAAACCGUCUCUCUACGAUUUCAUCGAUUAUUCGAUACAAAUAAAAAUUUCCUUUUAAUUGUUUUGGUUGCUUUCUGUAAGUCAUGUUGCAAGGUUUGGUUCUUGAUUCCAAUAAAUGUUCCUUUUUGUCAUUUUAAA